GCCGUCAAAGCCUUCAAAGAUGCAAGACAGAAUGAUGCUGAAGUUAAGUUAUCAAGGAAUGCUUCAGAAAAAAAUCAUUCCAAGGACACUUCAUGUUCAAAUGAUAAUGCCAUUAAGUUGCAGCAUGAAGGUGCUGUUAUCAGUGAGCAAAAAGACAAGGAAGCCAAAAUAUUAGCAAAGAAACCAAUAAAUAGUUCAAAAGAAAAAGUAGCCAAGAUGGAACAUGGACUCAAAACAGUGGAUAUUCCAAAUUCUCCAUCACAGCCUUCUGAAAAGGAUCCUGUAGUUCCCUCUGGACCACAGAAGAUGCCUGCUGACCCCAAAAUGAAAACAUUAAGUCAAAACCAAGAAAAGAAAGCCUUUGAUAGUUCACUUGAUGAUAACAGUGAUGGAGAGGAAUCACAUGAAGAAGAGCAGGAGUAUUUUGAUGAUAGCACAGAAGAAAGGUUUUACAAACAGUCUUCCAUGUCCGAGGACAGUGAUAGUGGAGAUGACUUCUUUAUUGGGAAAGUCAGACGGACACGAAAGAAGGAAAGUAAUUGUCCUUCUUCAGUUUUGGAACAAAAAUCUCCCAAAAAAGUGUUCCCUGAAGAAGAUAUACUUGAAACCCGUGAGAGUAUAAGAAAUGUCAGAAACAAGCCAAGUACAGAAGCAAGGAAGUUUGAAUCAGUGUUUUUCCAUUCUUUAUCUGGAUCUAAAAGCUCU